CUCGCCUUGAUUACAGGCUUUAACUUUUUCCAUUUCUACUAUUAAAAUCACAACUCAAAGCUCACCUUCUUUGUCUGUCUCUGUCUCUCUUCUUUCUCUUUCUCUCAAGCUCACAACUUUGCUUUCAUUCUGAGCAGUUCACCGGCGACGAUCUCGCCGGGAUCUGGUCGGGAAAUCUCGCCGGGAAUAAACAAGAACCUCAUUUGAGCUUUUCUCUUUUAGCAUUAAAGAAACAUACUUUGUUGGUCAUUUUAAAACACAAUUUUCUUGGGAAGAGUUAGUGGAGAUUUAGUUGAAAAUGAAUCAUAUAAAUUCUGGAUUUAGCUUAUUUUGAUAAUGCAUGUGGAGAGUUUAUGAGGUUUCAGCCAUAAAGUAAAGAUUUUAAAUCUGGGUUUAUUUUGGUUUAUGGCUUUAGUUUUGGUUUUGGUAAGCUUUGUGGAGCUGUUGUUGUUUCUAGGUGACAAAUAGUUUUGGUGUUUCUAUGAAGCUGAAGGCUCUGAUUUUUUUAAUUCAAAAGUUUUGGUAAUCAAGGGAAGUUUAGACUUUCAAGGAGCUGGUGAUUAAGUUAAUUAAAGUUUUCAGGAAUCACCUUAUCUUGUGUGGAAAAAAAAAAAUCUUUUUUUGCCUGUUUUAUACUGGUAGAAUAACCAAAGUUUCAUAGGUUUUUGCAUUAUAUUGGUUAAGAGCUUGAACUUUUGGCUCAAGUGGGCAAUUUUUUACUGAAUUGUUAUUGUUGUUGAGUUGAGAUUGAGGUGAAAGGAGGGGGAAUGGUAAAGUACAAUGUGUAGAGUAGAAGAGACAAGUGGAAAGAGUGAUUAUAGGAAACAGUGGGAAAUGAAAAUGAAGAUUUUUGGAGAAGGAAAAGUGGAAAAGUUAAAGAAUUCAAUGGUUACAAGGUCUAGAAUGAAGCUAUGGAUGAUGAGGGCAAUAACUACAAUUUUUUUAUGGUCUUGUUUUGCUCAAUUGAUGACUUUAGGAGAGAUGUUUGGCCCAAGAAUGUUGAAAGGUUGGCCUUCUUGCUUCAGUCAUUCUGAGUUGCCUUUUGUUGCUGAAUUGUCUUCUAUUCCACCAAAAGUCAUUCUUCCACCAAAAAGAUUGUAUAAGAAUAAUGGUUAUCUUAUGGUUUCCUGCAAUGGAGGACUUAACCAAAUGCGAGCAGCUAUUUGUGACAUGGUUGCCAUUGCCAGAUACUUAAAUGUUACUCUUAUUGUCCCAGAACUAGAUAAAACCUCAUUCUGGAACGAUCCUAGUGAGUUUCAGGACAUUUUUUAUGUUGAUCACUUCAUUUCUUCGUUGAGAGAUGAGGUUCGCAUAUUGAAGGAACUACCGCCUCGAGUUCAGCAAAGAGUUGAUCAAGGGAUGUUCCUCUCUAUGCAGCCCAUUAGUUGGUCUGAUAUUUCUUAUUAUGCUCAUCAGAUUCUACCUCUUGUGCAAAAGCACAAAGUUGUACGGUUGAAUAAAACCGAUGCUCGGCUUGCUAAUAAUGAACUACCAGUCGAGAUUCAGAAGUUGCGCUGCCAUGUAAAUUUUAAUGCGCUGAGAUUUACUUCCCAAAUAGAGGAAUUGGGUAGAAGGGUUGUCAAGAUUUUAAGGGAAAAGGGCCCGUUUCUUGUCCUUCAUCUUAGAUAUGAAAUGGACAUGUUGGCCUUUUCUGGCUGCACUCAUGGUUGCAACAGUGAGGAAGAGGAAGAACUUACAAGGAUGAGGUAUGCUUAUCCCUGGUGGAAGGAAAAAGUUAUAAAUUCAGAAAUGAAAAGGAAAGAAGGUUUGUGUCCUUUGACACCUGAAGAAACUGCUCUAGUAUUAAAAGCACUGGGUAUUGAUCGGAAUGUCCAAAUUUACAUCGCUGCUGGGGAAAUAUAUGGUGGCGAGACAAGGAUGGCUCCUUUGGCUGAAGCGUUUCCUAAUUUGGUCAGAAAGGAGACUCUGCUAGUUCCAUCAGACUUGAAAUUCUUCCAAAAUCACUCAUCCCAAAUGGCGGCAUUGGAUUAUCUAGUCUCCUUAGAAAGCGAUAUAUUUGUUCCUACAUAUGAUGGAAAUAUGGCCAAAGUUGUCGAAGGCCAUCGGAGAUUCUUGGGAUUCAAGAAAACUAUCGUACUGGACAGAAAGCUUCUGGUCAAUUUAAUAGAUCAAUACCAGAAUGGAUCGCUAAGCUGGGAUGAGUUCUCCUCAACAGUGAAGGAAGUUCAUGCCGAUAGAAUGGGAAGCCCUAAAAAACGAAUUGUCAUUCCAGAUAGACCGAAGGAAGAAGAUUAUUUUUAUUCUAAUCCACAUGAAUGUCUGCAACUGUUAGAUGAACCUUGGAGAAGUACAUGAUCCAAAUCAUGCCGGUUAGAUGAUUAUCUUCAAUUAUACUCUGUACUUUUGCAUAUUUAUCAGACAUCGGUCUACUUGUGCUCACAUAGGUUUUGGGGCAAUUUAGGCCUUGUGCCUGGAUUUCUUCAGAACCACCCCAAGAAUAUUUAUAAUUGUUCACAUUCUUGAAUAACAUCGAUGUAUAAGUGAGAAAAAAAAAAAAAAAAAGUUAGCCAUUCCAAUUUGCAGGCUUAAGAUCAGUUUAGCAGAACUUUAAACUUUUUUUUUUUUCAUUUUUUUGAGAGUUAGCAUCAAAUUUCUUGCGGGAAAUUCAAAAUAUUAUAUAUUCUUUUAGGAUUUUCUGACCACCUGUAAUGGUGGAUAUUAAUUUCUAACAAAUGCAAGCCAAAUUCCAUGUGCUCCAAGGAAUGAACAACGGCUUAGCCAUUUUAUUACAAUUUUCCUUCUUUCUAAAGAAAGAGCAUUGGUGGCGCC